UAGGCUCCGUGUAUUCUGACCUCUCUACAACUCUCCAACACGUGUCACUCCUCAAAUAUAAAUCUUAGUCCCGCACAUUAUUUCAUCCCCUCUCAUAAAACAAAUUUAUUCUCGACUCUGCACCUAAGGGUUUGGUGUGAGAAUAUGCAGAGAGAAAGAGGUGGCAGUGACAAUUUCAACUCCUUCAGCAGUCCAUUUGAUGGAUUUGGAGGCAUGAUGUCUAGUAUAUUUGGAGGAAGAGACCCAUUUGAUGACCCGUUCUUUACUCGCCCUUUUCCUAAAUUGUCUCAGUCUUCCAUGUUACAUCCAACAACUCCUGCUGAUCACUUGCAGCAGUUUGCUAAUUCCAAUGGGCCGGUCAUUCAAGAGAUAGAUAUGGAUGAUGAGGGAGAAGUAGAGCUAGAACCAGCGGAGGAAGAUGGCGUUAAUGGCUCCGAGGAGGAAAGAAAUAGGGAUUAUGCUAACAGAAAUCCACUUGUUGAACAUCCUGAAGACCCAACUGAUGACCAUAGCAAGAGCAAGAGCGUAAGCAAAGACGUGACUCGGAGAAUGGAAGAUAUGAAUUUGGAAAGAACAGAAUCCAAGACUCAAAGCGCGAGCUAUAGAAGAGUUACAUAUGGUGGAAUAGAGGGGGCAUAUUACACUGCCACCACCACGCGUAAGACUGGAAGUGAUGGAAGGGUGCUAGAGGAGAGCAAGCAAGCAGAUAGAACAACUGGUCAAGCAACACAUAGAAUCUCCAGGGGUAUCCACGAUAAGGGACACUCCUUAACAAGGAAGCUUGCCUCUGACGGCAAGGUGGACAUGAUGCAGACAUUGCAUAAUCUAGCAGAAGAUGAAUUAGCUGGCUUUAAACAGACAUGGAAUGGCAAUGCUGAUAGGCAUAUUCCUGGAUGGGAGAAUGGGUCUGAUUUCCAUGCAAAUGCAGGAACAAGUAAUAAUUGGUUGACCAACUGGGAUCCUAGAUUCAAAGAUCCAUUUAGUGGUCUGAGACGUAAUAGCAGUACCCAGCCUGCGAGUCGAAGUGGAAAACCAAGAAACAUCGUCAGGAUCAACAUUGAGUGAAUGUACCUAAUUCGGUAGCGAUUUGCUUAGGUUUGAAGGGCAUGUUACUGAUCUGUUUCUGACCUUAGUUCCUUUUUUUUUGGGUCAUUGUAAUACUAGUGUUGCCUAUUUCAUGUAUGCCUCUGCUUAUUAUCCACAUGGUGCGUUAACUGGUGUUAAAGCCUCCAUCCAAUAUUAAACGUCUUGUCUCA